AUGGCGCUCGCGGCCGAGACAAAGCGCAUUGUUGCGCAAUUCGAGUAUUCGGAUACUGAUGUCAACAUUGGCGUCAAGGAGUUCCUCCGCCAGAUUGAGCAACGAAGCUCAAUUGAGGUUUGGGCCCCCGCCGACUUCAUGAUCGACAAGUUGCUGAUCGUCGUUUUCCUUGUAGACGAAGGAUUGGAGAAGUCCGGCACCAGCAUGAGCCAGAUCCCGACCUAUGUUACGGCUGUCCCCAAUGGCACAGAAAAGGGCCUGUACCUAGCUGUGGAUCUGGGAGGCACGAACCUGCGCGUCUGCUCGGUUCGCCUCAAUGGCGACAAUUCGUUUAGUCUUACAUAUAGCAAAGCUGCCGUCCCAAAGGAAUUGAUGGUGGCGAAGACAGCCAAGGAGCUGUUCCGGUUCAUUGCGCAGCACAUUGACAGCUUCAUCAAGGAGCACCACUACGACCACUACGAGCAUCAUGUUCGCCGCCGCGAGACAAUGAGCAACCCCGAGGGCUACCGCGACGAGCACAUCUUCCGCCUUGGCUUUACAUUCAGCUUCCCCGUUGAGCAAGUGGGCAUUAACAAGGGCUUCUUGAUUCGAUGGACCAAAGGCUUCGACAUUCCCGACGCCAUUGGUAAGGAUGUUUGUGCUCUUCUACAGGAGGAGAUUGAUCUCCUGCACCUGCCCGUAAAGGUGGCCGCUCUCGUCAACGACACCGUGGGCACGCUCAUGGCGCGUUCCUACACCAGCCCCGGAAAGACGGGGGCUCUUUUGGGCGCCAUCUUCGGCACGGGCACGAACGGCGCGUACAUUGAGAAGCUCAGCAAAAUCAAGAAGAAGCUGGAGGGCGAAUACGACGAGUCGACGGGCGAGAUGGUGCUCAACACGGAGUGGGGUUCGUUUGACAACCAGUUAAAUGUGCUCCCCAAUACUACGUUUGACAUUAAGCUCGACUCCGAGAGCGUCAAUCCUGGCAUCCAGAUGUUCGAGAAGCGCGUGUCGGGCAUGUUCCUGGGUGAGAUCCUUCGCAUUGUGCUUGUGUCAUUGCUUCAAGAUAAGUCGGUGCAGCUGUUCCACGACGACAAUUCGAACCAUAACGAUUGGAAGUCGACGACAACCAUCGCACCCGAUUCGGGCAUCUUUAAGAAGUGGGGCCUGGACAGUGCGAUCAUGUCGGUGGCGGCGCUGGACAACACGCCGGACCUGGGCACGCUUCGACAGGAGUUGGAUACGCAACUGGACGUGUACUCGCCAUCAAUGGAGGAUGCGCAGGCGGUUAAGGCGAUUGCGGAUGCAAUCGGCCGUCGUGCGGCGCGGCUUUCGGCGGUGGCGGUGGGUGGUAUUGUGCUGCAGUCGGGCCUACUGGCGGAUCCUACUUACGGUGAUGAGCCGAUUGACAUUGGCGUGGACGGCAGCCUGGUCGAGCACUAUCCGCACUUCCGCACGAUGAUUUACGAUGCGCUCAAGGCGAUUGAUGGGAUUGGCGAGAAGGGCGCUGAGCGGAUCCGGAUUGGAAUUGCCAAGGACGGAUCCGGCGUGGGUGCGGCGCUGAUUGCGCUGGUAGCGGCGUCGAUGGAGAAGAAGCAGCCGACGGCGGCGGAGUCGCUGAAGCAGGUGCGCGACGAGGCGCUCCUGCAGAACUCGGGACGGCAGCUGUCGGCGGUCAACGAGGUGCCCGAGCUGACCACGCCCAACGAGGAGGCCAUUGACGCAUAA